GUGGACACUCCUCGAGAAUCUCCGGCACGACCCGUGCUAGCGGCACCUUCCGGUAACGCAUGGGCGCGUGGUCCGCCGACAAGUGUCACAAAUGCGCAUAAUUCUUCGCAAAGAGCCACGCCCACACCAGCAUCACCCCCUCAUGCCGUGGAAACUAGUCCACAGGACCCUAUGCCAAGUUCUACCAAUGAUCAGCAGGUUGAAGCCGCGGCAACCACCUCAUCUCCUCGUACCGAUGGCAGUUCUCCGGCUACGGCAUCAGCGCCAGCGCCAAGCACAACACAAACGACCUCACACGAAGCCACACCAGAUUCGACGACGACAAGUGCGACUACCGAAAAAGAAGAGGGGUAUGUUGGUCGCAAGUUUUUUUCUUCAAGACGCGUAUAG